UGAGUGGAUAUCUUUAACAGAUGAUCUACGAAUGGAUAUUGAUAACCACCGUAGACACGCAGAGGAUCUGGAGAUAAAACUCAGAAAAGAGAAAACGGCUUCGGAGGAGCUAAACGACGCUCUUGGUAGAGCCAUGCUUGGUCACAGUAGAUUCAUUGAGCAGUACACUGAGCUCCAGGAGAAGUAUGAUGAGUUAGUUGAGAGGCAUAACGUGACGUUGGCGGGAAUAGUUGAUGUGAAGAAAGCAGCGGCUAAAGCUGCAGUGAAAGGUCGUCAUGGGAAGAGUUUUGCCAAAGCCUUUUCAGCUGAGCUUACUGCUAUUAGAGCUGAGAAGGAGAAAGAAAGAGAGUUCUUGAAGAAGGAGAACAAGGGACUUAAGAUUCAGCUGAGAGAUACCGCUGAAGCUGUUCAAGCUGCUGGAGAGUUACUGAUCAGACUCAGAGAAGCUGAGCAAUAUGUACAAUCCUCUGAGGAACGUUUCAGCUUACUUGAAGAAGAGAAUGCAAAGUUAAAGAUGCAGAUGGAGAAGUUAGAGGGCAAGCACCAGACAGAAAUGAGUACAAUGAAGCAAUAUCUUGCGGAAAGCAAAUUGCCAGGGUCUGCAUUACAGCCAUGGUUCACGGGGAAUGAGGAACAUUUAUCAGAAGACAGAACCGGUUUGGUCAAGGAGAAUGAAGAACAAACAUAUAAAAGGAAUAGGCUAUAUAUCAUAUAAAUCAACGGUUUAAAUAACAAUAUAUAAAAUAAAAGUUAAACAAA